AUGCGCACAGCAUACCAGCUCCAUCAGUCCGUGGACCCAACUAUUCUAUUCGAAGAAUACCUCCAUUACGCAAAAAUCACGCGCCGGGAAGAGCGAGAGGCGGAGAAGGCGAUCGAGAAGAAAUGGUCCUUCAAGCGAAUGAUUAAAAAUAGAUUCAGCAAGGGGCAGACGGGUACUGUCAUCGAGGUAGCAGUUCGGCAGCUAUCUGAACUGGACGGAGAGAAAAAUGAAGAAACAACAGUAGAAAGGGGGGACCCGUUCGAUGCUUUCAAUAAUCUGACAUACUCGCAUCCGAGUCACGUCUCCGACGCCGAGUGGAAGGCAUUGAGUCGGGGUGUGAGAACUGUUGAAUGGAGCACAUGUUUCUAUCUCAUUACCAGCGAUAUCAUUGGACCCUUCGGAAUCCCAUGGGCCUUCUCACAGCUCGGAUACGGUCCCGGAGUUGCAUUUUUCACGCUUUUUGGAUCAGCUGCUGCGCUAGCUGGGUUCUACCUUUGGUGGAUUUUCAUCGAGAUGGAUUCCGACCGCUACCCCCUUCGUGACUACGGAGCUGCCUUUUUUCGCGUAUUUGGCCCAAAGUCUCGUCAUAUCAUCAACGUCCUACAAUCGCUCCAAAUGAUCUUGACGCUGGGUUCUCUCAUUCUCGGGAUGGGCCAAUCGAUUGCUCAGAUCUCUCAAGGAACCAGCAAACCCCUCUGCUUUGUUAUCUGUCUGCUAAUCUUCGUGCUACUUGGCAUUGGACUUGGCCAAGUUCGGACUCUGCAAAGACUGGGCUGGCUCUCGAAUUUUGCAGUGUGGAUGAAUGUUCUAGCUGUAAUAAUCUGCAUGGGUGUCAUUGCACACUCGCCGCCAAACUUUGAAGCCACUCAAGCUUCAUUUGGAGACAAUUUCGUCGAAGGCCCAAUCCGCACAUUCGCUGGUUUCCCACCCGAAGAGUAUGCCAGCGGAGGGAAAGGUCUCAUUGCCGCUAUGAAUGGCAUAAAUCAGUGUGUGUACGCCUUUGCAGGAGCAAUCCUCUUCUUCAACUUCCUCGCAGAAAUGCGCAACCCCUGGGACUUUUGGAAAGGCCUUGUAUGCGCACAAGUCUUCCUCUUCCUCUUUUACAUCAUGUUCGGCAUAUAUGUCUACUCUUUGCAGGGCCAGUUUGCGUUCAAUCCGGUUCAGCAAGGUCUGAGUCUGUAUAACUACCAGACGGCCGCGAAUAUUUGCUACAUCAUGACUGGAUUCAUUGCGGCAGCGAUGUAUGGAAAUAUUGGCAUCAAAGUCAUCUAUAACAAUGUUUUCCAAGAGCUUCUCAGCGCGCCACCACUCACGGUCGUGAAGGGCAAGAUCAUUUGGGUGUUCAUGGUGCCGAUAUACUGGGCAAUUGCUUUCAUCAUCGCCGCGUCUAUCCCACAAUUCUCAUACCUUACAGGAUUGUUGAGCGCAAUGUGCUUUGUGUCGUUUACAUACACAUUUCCUGCUCUUCUGGCUAUGGGUUUCAGGAUCAAGAAGGACGCCAUGCUCCCAGAUGAGUCGUUUGACGAGACGACACUGAAGUAUACUCGCCAUGACGAUGGUAUGCAGAGAUGGACCAGGGGUUUCUUGAAGCAUUGGUACUUCAAUGCCUUCGACGCACUAUACUUGCUGGCGAGUCUGGUAACUGUUGGACUCGGAAGCUAUGCUGCUAUUGAAGGGCUUAUUUCGAGUUUUGAUGGUACUAGCGUUGCGACCAGUUGGGGAUGUACUGCACCGGUGUAA